AUGGCUGUCAUAACUGGCGACCGGACUGACGACCCCGAAACGCACCCCUUAUUGCCCGGAAGUCCUAGCGUGCCGACCAUCACGGACGCCAAGAAGCUACUGAUUCUCAUCGUGUGUGCAGUGUCUAUCCUUUCCGUAGAUUUUGGAGCCUUCCUCUCGGUGGCCCCUCAGACUGCAAUUUUUGAACAGAUUAUCUGUCGGAAUCAUCUGGAGUUCCGGAAUGCUGGAAAUGCGACCCUUGGUGAAGACCCGUGCAAAUCAGAAGCUGUUCAAGGGGAAUUGGCCUUGAUUAUUGGCUACAAGGAUGGAUUUGACGUGCUUCCAACAAUUCUCCUGUCCCUGGCGUACGGAGUCCUUUCCGACCAUUGGGGCCGGAAACCGGUGGUGCUCCUUGCCGUCCUAGGCAGUCUGUUGGCCGAAUUCUGGACUCGACUUGUCUGUGCUUGGUCAAAUGUUCUACCCCUCCGAUUAGUGUGGUUGUCAUCAGUAUGGCGGAUAUUUGGCGGUGGCGAUCAAACCAUGGCUUCCGUUCUAUUGAAUAUAGUCGCGGAUGUUUUCUCAGAGGAAGAGAGAUCAACCGCCCUCUUUCGCCUCACGUCCUGUGUACUUGUCGCCGAGGUCUUGGCUACGCCAUUCAGUGCAUACCUGAUGACAAUCAACCUAUGGAUCCCCUACAUUCUGGGUUAUGUGAUUAUGCUAGUUGGGUACAUGAACGUUUUUUUUCUUCCAGAAACACUUGAAUAUGCCAAAAGAAAAAGAGUCAAUCGGAGAACAGCCGACAACUCGACCGAAGCUACGACGCAACUGGGGAAACAGUCUACCCUCCAGGCUCUCCGUCAUCAGUUGCGCGACUUUACGCAAUCUAUUAAGUUUAUGUGGGCAGAUAGCAGUAUCCUUUGGAUGAUCUUCCUCGCCUUCGCUUCCAUGAUCAGCCGCCAAAGCACUGUCAUUCUCUUACAAUACGCUUCCAAGAAGUUCGGCUGGAGCAUUGCCCAAGCGAGUCUGCUGAUUUCCAUCCGCGGGGUCUUCGGCAUCUUCAGCUUCCUAGUAUUAAUGCCCGCACUCACCUUCUUAGCCACUCGAUAUCUCCACCUGCAUGGCAAAUUACGAGAUUACUGGCUUAGCCAAGGGACAGGCCUUUGUGCAAUAGUCGGCUUCACCUUAAUAGGGCUGGCCCCCAACCCAGGCCUCUUGAUCACCGGAGUAGUGAUGGUUUCAUUCAGCGGAGGGUUUAAUGUCAGCACACGCAGUUUAGCCACUUCAUUAGUCCUGCCCGACCACGUUGGCACUUUGUACUCGGCACUGGCGAUCUCCCAAUCAAUCGGGAUGCUCAUCGCGGGCCCGUUGUUCGCCUACCUCUUCCGAUUAGGCAUGCAUCUCGGCAAUGGCUGGAUGGGUCUGCCAUUCCUGCAGGCCGGUUUAUGUUUUGCGUUUGCCGCUGCAGCCCUUUUGCGUAUUCGGGCUGGUCGAUCAAUGCAAGAUGACGAGGGGGAGCAAGAACCAUUGAUUUCAUAG